GGUAGGAGGUUUUGCUGGCUGAGGCGAUUUAAUAGUUUCUUUCUGCGCUGAGUUCGUAGCGAACUGUUGUCAACCCCCUCCCCCCCGAGUGUCCCGCCAAACGGAGGAGUUUUCGCCCGCGGAGUCCUCAGUUGUACUCCAGAGAUAGACACUCUGGUUGAAGUAUGGCUGCCUCUGGAGGUACACUGACUGGGACAUCCUACUCAAACAGCUCAGAUGCAUUCUGUAGUUCCAGUGACAGUUCUUCAUUUCAGCCCAUCAAAACCCAAGUGGCCAUCCCUACAGCUCAUGUCAUGCCUUCUAUGCUGGAUGCAUCUCCUCGAUUGGUGAGUGAAUCAAGUUCUUCUCGGACUGCCUUGGCAUCCUCCCCACCAAUCUCAUCAGGCGACAUACGAGGAUUAAUAUCCAACCAUGACUCUGACACUCUGAGACCGACCCAGAUGUUCCACAGGAACCCUCACCUAUAUCGGGCUUCAAUGGAAAAUGGCCGUGAUCAACCACUGUUCCUUACUUCCAAUCAAGCAAGUGUGGACAGUGCUCAGAAAUCUGUCAGGCAAACUGGGGAAGUCACAGUUAAUCAUUCUUUUUUGCAAGAUAGACAGUUCGCUGGCCCUUGGUCCCAGCUCCAAAUGUUCAGUUCAGAUGCCACUAUGCCUGGUGUAGAAAAAGAACCACACACAGGGUUGCUUGAUGCUAAGCCAACGACAGAGGCCAGUCGAGUCUGUGAAAAGCAGUUAUCCUCGGAGCUUAAUCCAGCUGGUCUGUAUUCCAACCCAGCUGUUGCUCAGUCUCAGAUGUGGAAGCAGGAGGCCUGUGCACUCCAUCAGCAUGAAAAUUGUGCACUGAGUACUUGGAAACAGCACCUGGAUCAUGUUCGGCUUCGACUGGAGCAGAUGCAGCUGCAAAAUAAAGCUGCUUGCUAUCAUCCCUUGGUGGACAACACUUCGCUACCCACUCUUGAUCCAGCGCAGUGGGUCAGUAUUGUGAAUGCAAAUGAGAACCUGCUCAGGGAGAAAGAAAUUCUUAUUGACAGGCAGAGGCAGCACAUUUCCCAGCUGGAGCAGAAAGUACGUGAAAGUGAGAUGCAGGUCCAUACUGCCCUCUUCAGUCAUCCUGCCUCCUAUGGAGACAUGUACUUGCUCAGGAUGCAGGAAUUGCAGCGGGAGAAUGUAUUCUUACGAGCUCAGUUCACUGAAAAAACAGAGUCUCUUAGUAAGGAAAAGAUUGAAUUGGAAAAGAAGUUGGCUGCUUCAGAAGCAAGCGUCAAACAAAUCCAGGAUACCCACAAAGAGGCUAUGCAAAAGCAUGCUGUGGAAUUGAAGAAACAAGAAGAAAGGGUAAAGGCAAGAGACAAACAUCUGGAGCAUUUGAAGAAGAAGUGCCUAAAAGAAUCCGAGCAAAACCGUGAGAAACAGCAGAGGAUUGAGACCUUGGAGCGCUAUGUUGCUGACCUCCCGAUGUUAGAGGACCAUCAGAAACAAAGCCAGCAGCUAAAAGAGUCUCAGCAGGCAGCUGCAGCUUUGCAAGAAACGGUGACUGCUCUUGAGAGAGAGCUUGGAGAUGUCCGUGCCAGUUGCAGAGAAAAGGAGCUGCAAUUAGAAUUACAGAAACACAAAGAGAUGGAACUGCUUUCCACUGUGCGCAGUUUACAAGACAAGUUGCAGCGUAGCAAGAACCCAUCAGUGGAUGGCUAUGUCCAGGAGAUGGAGAAAGAGAAGCGAGAAAAGGAUUCUUUACAAAAAGAGCGUGAUCUGCUUAGAAAGAUCGUGGAUAACCAGAAGAAGAAAGCGGAUCAGUUGUCUUCACAAGUAAAGGAGCUGGAAGAACAGAUUGCUCAGGAAGAGGGCAUGGCUCAGGGCCUGAGAGCAGAAGCACUGAGGCAAGAGAGCGCCCUGCAGCAGUUGCGUGUCGCUGUGAAAGAGCUAUCUGCACAGAAUCAGGAACUGAUGGAGAAAAACCUGACCCUUCAAGAGCAUCUCCGGCAGAUGGAGCUCAGUCAGCCACUCUCCGAUGAGACAGCCCAUCUUACCCAAGAGUUGCACAAGGAGUUGGCCAGCUGUCUAGAGGACCUGCAGUCUGUCUAUAGUGUUGUAACUCAGAGGGCACAAGGAAAGGAUCCCAAUUUGUCAUUACUUUUGGGGAUUCACACUGUGCAUUGCUCAGUGAAAGAAAAGGAAGAUUUGCUGCAGCCAAACAUGCUAGCAAAGAAGCUGGAAGAAGUAAAACAUUUGCACAAAGAGGUUGAGGAUUUGCGGACAGCUAUUUCUGACAGAUACGCCCAGGAUAUGGGUGAUAACUGCAUCACGCAGUGAAGUCAAAAAGAGGGGACAUGACUCUGGGACUGUGGAUCUGUUCAAGCUGCUACGAGUGGGUUCAUCAGAUGUCUCUUUAAUAUAUUCUAUUGUGGUGACAGUGCGGCAUGUUUGAUUCCUUAACAGAGAACCCCUAAAGAAAGGCCUUUGGGGGAAAAUUGUGAUAAACAUCUACCUCCCUUUUUUAUUUACCUGAUCUGGGCAACUGAAUGAAUAGUUUGCUGCUCUUGACAUCAGUCAUAAACACUGGCAUAACUGCAGCUGUAGUGCUGGCUCAUCCUGGCAGUUACAGCUUUUCUUCAGCCAAGUGUUUGCCAUCUCCUAGGGAAGGGUACUGUUGCGGCCCGUAGACAUAUCUGUGAUUAGCAGCAGCACAUUUUCCAAAUAAUAUAACUGAGGGAAUUUCUGCAUCUGUAUGCAGAAUACCUAGUUAAUGCAAGAAUUUGUGGCCGACUCAUUCUAGAAGGAACUGGCUUGGCCUGAAUAAAAAGUUCCAAAGUAGUUUGAGCAAUGAAGAGAAGUCUGUGCUGGCAGCACCCCGUAUCUGGGUGACUUGAUCAGGAAUCUUUUAGUACUGUACUUGGUCUUGAUUCCUAACUCAGAAUAAGUACUGUGGUAGAAGGGUCUAAGUGGUCCUAAAAGGUCUCAGUGCACUCCACCCAAAAAAAAAAAAAAAGCCAAAACAAAGCAAACAUCUAUAAAUCUCCAUAAAUCACUGGAGGUGGAGUGCUAGACAUGACCAGCACAAGUGAAAUGGGCCUUUCUCAUAUUAGUAGACCCAUAUGGGUUGUAACAUUUCCAUGCGAGUGCACCUUUUAAACUAUAUUUUUGUAUCUUUCUCAUUCGAGUACUAACUUGACGGGAUUUUUUAUCCUGAAAUGAUGCAUUUUUAUAAAUGUAUAGUGCAAUACAGUACUGAAGUGAGGCUUCAUGUUUAACAAAAAAA